AUGGAGAAGAAACGAGGAUUUUUUACUUCCUGUUUGAAUAAUUUGAAAUUGAGGACCUAAUUGAUAAUUUUGGUCUCAAUAAUUAUCCUUGUGAUAGUCUCUUAUGUUCUCUCAGUAAAUCUGAUCCAUUAUUCUUUGCUGAAACAGUAUUUUUCCUAGAUUUCUAAUAAAAUUUUUGCUGAUACCUCCGUUAAAAUCUAAGAGAAAACAAUUAAAUUGUAUGAAGGGUACUUCAACAGAGUCUUUUAUUUAAAUGGAAAUAGUCUCGUUUCCUUUCAUCGAUUGUAUCAUAUGACUAAAAAGUAAGUAAAACUGCACUCCUUACAACUUGAUACGGAUUACUAAAUGCUGUAUGGAGGCAUAAAUUAAAUACCAGAUCCGAUAAGAAUAGUUAAAGGCUAUGGCAGCUCUGACAUCUCCUAUUCUUUUAUGUGUUAUUCCAACAUCACAGCCUUUGAAGAUCCUUUGAGUUUAGAUGAGCUCAUAGGCAUGAAGAUUCAGGAGCAGACUCAAACCUAUGCAUAAAUUCUCUAUCAGGGGAAUAUCUUGAGUUAGUCAUUCUUGUAUUCAUACAUAAUCAGCGAAAAAACCAAUGCUGUUUAUCCAUGUCUUAACAGAGGACAGGGGAUCUACUCUUAUGAUCCGGAGAAGCGAGAAUGGUUUAUCGAGGUCAGAAAUAACUAUAAUAAGAAGAAACCAUAUAACGAAUAUUCAAAAUCUUUCACACAGCCUUAUUUGCUGUUUACAGACAAAAAAAUAGGAUUAUCUUUGGUGCUCCCUAUUGUAGACGAAAAUCUAGAGUUAAUUGGAGGAGUGGGAACCAAUUUUUUGGGAGCAGAAAUUAUUUAAAUUCUUAAUUCCCAAGAAUUUGGAUUUUAAGUCAUUUAUCUUGUAUCAACCUCUGGGAUCAUGAUUAUGCACCCGUAUCAUGUAAGUGUUGACUAACUGCCCCUUUACAUUUACAAUUAAUCCAUCACAGGAUUCAACCAGAGCGAUUGGGAAAGAAUGAACACGCAAUCAUAAAACGAUACGUCCGCAUGUCCAUUCUUGAGUAAACAUUCAUCUUCUUUGUAUUGCCUCUAUAAUAGUCUAUAUGAAUAAGAAAUGAUAAUAGGAAUCUAAGAAAUUCCUGAAUAUUCAAUGAAAUUAAUUAUGUUGUUGAGCAGUAAGGAGUACUAAUAGUUUUACUCACGCUUCUAAGAAGAACUUUAAUAAAAACUAUUAAAUUAAGUGGGACUUCACGUUUUCAUCUUGUUAGCAUUAUUUCUUAUUAUCUGUUUGGCUCUGUACAUCUUUACUUAUACAUUAUUUUAUCCUAUUCAAUAGAUUUAAGCCAUAACCAUUAAUAGGAUACUCUCCAAAAUCAACAAGAAAUCUACAAUGCCCUCAUUUGCUAAUAAAUUUAUGAGCAAAUAAAUUAGUUUAUUGUUUAACUCGCAUUCUGUAGUGUAUGACCAAUUGGAACAAUUGUCAUUUAAUAAAACUACAAUAUGCACAGAUCUUGAAAACUUCAAAUAUCCAAAAAGAAAAUUGUCUAUAAGAAAUUUGUCGAAAAGAAGAUUAUUGCCAAAAGAAAAUAAUUUGGUGAAUUAAAGUGGAUAGAAAUAAUAAUAACAAAACGAUGUAAUUGAACCAGAAACAAUUACUAAAGAAAUGAUAAUUACAUUUCUAAAAAUCUCAAAAUAUUCUACCUGA